AUGAAGUCUUCAAGUUUAGGAGCAAUAUUUUUUGCUGCCUUCCUAUUGCAGACUGUAGUUUCUGGAAUCACAAAAACCAAUUUAGAUAUCUAUAACACUACUGUAAGAAAUAUCACAUACUUUUCAGGCGGCGAUUAUGGUAUCGAAUGGCGUGCUAAUAUAACUAUUCACGAACAUGCAGCCUUUAUAUAUUACAAUUACGAUAUGCAUGGGUAUAAUACCUUCUUUGAAAAUAAUGGUAUAUAUUAUUGUCAAAAUAUCGGUGGUUAUCCAUAUUUUCAAAAAGAUCAUAUUUCCGGUCUGACUUAUAAACUUAAUGAAGGUACAGACGUCGGGGGAUUUAUUAAUAGUGGUACCUUUGUUUAUAAUGAUAACAAUACCGCAUGUAGUCAACCUACUUAUACGAUACAUGGACAUUACUUUAUUAAUGAAGGUACAUUUAUUAUGGCAGGUUCUCAAGCAUGUGAUGGAUCGACAAAUAGUAUUAAACCAUUCGGAAUUUUUCACAAUACUGGUGUCCUCUCAUAUUUUCAAUAUUUUAUGACUACCGGUAAUGCACCGAGUACAUACUGGGGUUCUGAUUCGGCUUGUAGUACUAAUGUGGCUACUGUUGUCAACAAUGGUUCGCUUUGUUUGUGGAACAAUAACCCAGUAUAUCAAAAUUCUCCAUAUGCUGGAAAUGGAUGUAUUGACAUUGGUAAUCAAAGUACAUUUGUUAUGAGGUGUCAACAUAUGUUUGGUCAGGAUGGUGUCUUACAAACAAUUUUGCUUAGUACAAAUACUUCUGUGUUGUAUAUUCAGAAUCCUGAAGACGCUUCUCGUCCACCCGCAACUCCAUAUAUUUUAAGUGGAUGGGGAAAUAAAAAUCAGCUUACUAUCAAUUCUGGAAGUCCAACUUGGACUUACGAUGGUAAUAUUUUAACUAUUACUGUUCCACAUAAUAAAUUCCAGUUUAUCAUUGGUCCUGGAUAUGACCCGAAUUUGAUAAGUUGGAGUAAUGGAAAAUCCUGUAAUAAUCUAGGGUUAUCAGGUGCUCGUUUCGUAUACAAUGCUCCUCCUCCAGAUAGUUCAAGACCAAGCGCAUGUUUAGUAUGUCCAACUGCUGUUCCUUUAGUAUAUGAUCUUCUUAUGGAUCAACCUGAUUACACGACUACUUGGACAACCACAAAUGCAGAUGGUUCAGUAGAAACUAAGUCUGGUCAAUUUAGAUAG